AUGACGAUACGUGUAGGAAUUAAUGGUCUUGGCAGAAUAGGCCGUAGUGUGUUACGUGCUAUCUUUGAAAUAGAAAAGUAUAGCAAACAAAUAGAAUUGGUGGCUGUAAAUGGGUCGCUAAGUGCGGCUCAUCAUGCACAUUUAAUCAAGUAUGACUCUGUCCAUGGCAGAUUUAAUGGUAAUGUUGAUUUCAACGAAUCUGAAAAUUGGCUAUCAAUAAACGGUAAGCGAUUUUCUCUAUAUAAAGAACGUAACCCUGAAAAUAUUCCCUGGGAUGUUGAUGUAGUAUUGGAAUGCACUGGCGCAUUUAAUAAACAUGCAGAUGCUGCAAAACACAACACAAAAAAAGUGAUAAUCUCUGCUCCAGUUACAGAUAGUGAUGUAACAAUAGUUUACGGUGUGAAUAACCAUAUGCUCAAAAAAGAGCAUAGAGUGAUAUCGGCUGGAUCGUGCACGACAAAUUGUUUAGCUCCUGUAGUACAAAUCAUGCACUCCAAUGUUGGUAUCAAAAGCGGUUUCGUGACCACUAUACAUGCUUACACGAAUGAUCAGAAUAUUCUUGAUGGUAACCACAAGGACUUACGCAGAGCUAGAGCUUGUGCACUAUCUAUGGUUCCCACUACAACCGGGGCAGCAAAAACCAUUGGAUCCGUUAUUCCAGAGCUGAAAGGCAAGCUUGAUGGCACUGCAAUCAGAGUUCCAACAGCUAAUGUCUCUAUGGUUGAUCUCACGUUCGUAGGCAACAAAGAAGUGACAGUUAAAGAAAUAAACGAUAUAUUUAAAAGUACAGCAUGCGGUGUGCUUUCUAGAGUUUCUGGAUCAAAAAAAGUUAUAAAACCUUUAAGAAAAAUUGUUGAGCAAAUAAAUGCAUUGGAGCCAAAAAUACAGGCACUUUCUGAUCAGGAACUGUUAAGUAAAACUGAAGAGUUUAAGCAAAGGCUCAAAAGCGGAGAAACAUUAAACGAUAUCCUUCCUCCUGCGUUUGCGGUUGUGCGUGAGGCAUCAAGGAGAUUUCUAAAUAUGAGACACUUCGAUGUUCAACUAAUUGGUGGUAUGGUGCUGCACAAUGGAAUGAUAGCAGAAAUGAAGACGGGAGAAGGUAAAACACUCGUUGCAACUUUAGCUGCAUAUCUUAAUUCUUUAGAAGGCAAGGGAGUGCAUGUAGUCACUGUUAAUGAUUACCUUGCAAAACGGGAUAUGGAAUGGAUGAGUACAUUAUAUAACUCUCUAGGUGUUUCUGUUGCAUUUAUUACUAAUAACUUGACAGAUGAAGAAAGAAAGGAAGCCUAUAGUGCUGAUAUCGUAUAUUCAACUAAUAAUGAAUUGGCCUUCGACUACCUGCGGGAUAAUAUGAAAUUCUCUCCAGAUGAGAUGGUUCAAAGAGGAUUUAAUUAUGCAAUAGUGGAUGAAGUAGACUCUAUUCUAAUUGAUGAAGCACGUACACCACUCAUUAUUUCUGGUCAGGUUGAAGAUAAUAACCAGAUAUAUAAGCAUAUUAACAAGGUAGUUACUAAGCUAAAAGAUACUGACUAUGAAUUAGAUGAAAAAAGCAGGACUGUGUUUUUGACUGAAGAUGGUAUUCCAUAUGUAGAGGAAUUAUUGAAAUCAUACAGCCUGAUCACGGCAAAUUCUUCACUGUAUGAUGCUAAUAAUAUAAUAAUGACUCAUUAUAUAAAUCAAGCAUUGCGUGCACAUAAGCUAUUUACAAUCAAUAAAGACUAUAUUGUAAAAAAAGGUAGAGUGGUAAUUAUUGACGAGUUUACUGGGCGUAUGAUGGAAGGUAGAAGAUAUUCCGAUGGGCUCCAUCAAGCACUUGAGGCGAAAGAGAAUCUUGAAAUUCAGCAUGAAAAUCAAACUUUAGCUUCGGUAACUUUCCAAAAUUAUUUUCGUAUGUAUAAUAAACUUUCAGGCAUGACCGGAACAGCAGCAACAGAAGCAGAGGAAUUUCGUGACAUAUAUAGAUUAAAUGUAGUGAAGAUUCCCACCAACGUGCCCGUAAAAAGGAUAGAUCUAAAUGAUGAAAUUUACGGUACGGAGAAGGAAAAGUACAGUGCAGUGUUGAAGCUUAUCAAAGAAUGUCAUGAGCGCCUUCAGCCUGUACUUGUUGGUACAGUAAGCAUCGAAAAGUCAGAAGAACUUUCUGAACUUUUGCGUCGUAACUCUCUAAAGCACUCGGUCUUAAAUGCUCGCUAUCAUGAACAAGAGGCUUAUAUUAUUGCACAAGCUGGAGUUCCAGGUAGCAUAACUAUAGCAACUAACAUGGCUGGACGAGGAACUGAUAUUCAGCUUGGUGGUAAUGCUGAAAUGAUUGCAAAAACGGAGCUCAGUAAAAUAAAAGAUGAAGAACUAAGGAGUAAGAAAUAUCAAGAGAUAGUUGAAAGGGUGCAGCGCGACAAGGAAGUUGUGCUAGAGGCUGGAGGUUUAUGUGUCAUUGGUACUGAGAGGCAUGAAAGUAGAAGAAUAGAUGAUCAAUUGCGUGGACGUUCUGGAAGACAAGGCGAUCCAGGACUUUCUAAAUUUUUCUUAUCGCUUGAAGACGACUUACUGAGAAUAUUCGGUUCGGAUAGGAUGAGAAGUUUUUUACAAAGAGUGGGAUUAAAAAAUUAUGAAGCUAUUCACCACCCAUGGCUUAAUAAAGCUAUAGCAAAGGCACAGAAGAAAGUAGAGGCUAAAAACUAUGACGUGCGAAAAUCUCUGCUCAAGUUUGAUGAUGUAAUCANAUGUUUUAACUAA